CAUCUACUCCACGGGAAUUUCCAGCCUUCAUUCCAACCCUCAUAAAUUAUUUACCGCCGACCAUUGACCAUUCCAAGACUUCUACUGAAACGUUGAAAAGUACUUUGGUGGUGAGGCAUCAAUAAUGUCACAAAAGCAAUCGACGGCUACGGGCCAAGCGCCAUCGGGACACCCACAGAAAGCGCCCAGGCUACGCGCCGCUUGCAAUCAGUGUUAUGUGGCAAAAGUGAAAUGUACUGGCGAGCGAGAAGGAUGCACACGCUGCAAAACACUCCGGGCUGAAUGCAUUUAUGCCGAAUCGCGAGUAGGAAAGGUACCCGGUAUAAGGGCAAAAAAUAAGAAGAUAGAGCAGCAACGGCGACGGCAGCAACGAGAAGAGGAAGAGGAAGAUGAAGAUGAUGGGAGAGGAGGGGAAAGGGGAGCAGCUAGUGAGCAGUAUGUUGACGGUGAUACCGCAGAUGUGAUCGUUGCAAGCCAAAACCCUUUAGCACACCCGUCGAAGAGGCGUGCGACUGAAUCUUCUCAACAGCCAAUGGGCACGUGGUCUGAAAAUUGGCCGUCUUCUACAGCGUGGCUAGAUGUGCCAAUGCUUGACAAUGUUCUUCUAAACUUUGACAACACCAUAGGGGAGACAGGCCUCCAACCAAGAGGCGCGGGGGAUAAUCAAGAUUUCGAUGUUGAUGUCGAUGUCGAUCCUGCUGAAUAUGAUCAGGCAUCCAUUGGCAAUUCACCACAGAGAAUGCCCACCCCUAGUACUAGUUCCUCCGGAUGGCCCCACUCGAGUCACUCCAGAACAAGCCCUGGUGUUGGUGCAUUACCUCCUAAGCCGACUAAUAUUGCGACAGACAUUGCAAGGGGCUACCCAACUCCCCGGCCGUCGUCGCGCCCUACGCGAACACCCCAAGCGGGAUCCGAUACAGGGCGUAAGACAGAAUUUGAACCGGUACUAGCGGAGCGGGGAAGGAACUUUGCCAAAGUGGAUAGCGAGUGCGUGAUGGUCUGCACUCACAUAAUCGCCGUCCUGGAGAACUAUCUUCUAUGCGAGCCAAAAACAUUCUAUCUCAUACUUGAGCCCACUCGAAAAGCCGCUACCGAGCUCAAGAACCUGGUCCAUCUGCAGCAACAGUCACGAUGCGAAAGGUGCAUCUCCCUCUUCACCGUCAUCUUAUCACAGAUGAUCGAACUCCUGGAAGCCGGGAUAAGGACGCCUCCAGACAGUGAGGCCGGCAUUCCGAACGGCGGUUUUCUAUCUAGCAUGCAGUCGAAUCUUGGCUUUAGCGCCUUCUCCCUCACGGCGGACGAGCAGAGGGGAUGGCAAUCCCGUAUCAUACGCAAGGAGUAUCACAACGUUACCGAGAUCGUGUCAUCCGUGAUAGAGUUAGCCAGACUUGGGCCCAGGGGCGUUGCAAGCACUCCGGCCAUGGCAGAAGAGCGGAUAAGGGCACUAGCCCGACUAAGGCAGAGGUUUAACCAAUUCGCCGAGAGGGAGAAGGAAACUGGAGUCGAAAUGAUGUAAAUAAUCAUCUACACAGGCAUACAGGCGAGAAUGGACUGGUACGACUGUACGGAAGAUAGAAUGGGUGUUGAUACCGUCCUGUGUUUAUAAAUGGAAUGUAUCUGUAUAUUCUAUGUAAGAUCGCCUUAUGUAUACACAAGACCCCUUCUAAACGAUUUUGCUUAGGGCGCGAAUGCGAAGCCCAGCCACUUAAUACCAUUGAAC